GGAACGUGACACACACACACAAACUUCUUAGAUUCUAAGCUAACUCUUGGAUGACCGUGACCUCUCUUUCUCUCUGUGAAGACGCUAACGGGAUGUCCCAUUUUGAACGCUCAGAGAGGGGGGGACGACAAGGUCACUGGAGGAGAAGGCAGCAUCACUGGAAUGGACCGGAUCACUUCCACAAUGACAACAGGGGUCCAGUGUUCCAGCAGUAUGAUGGUUAUGCUGGCCCUGUGGGGUUCAGGGUAGGCCCCCGGCCUUUUCCUCCUGUAGGGAGACACAAUGGACACACAGGGGCGCUGGACGAGCUCACACUCAAACAUAUGGCCCAGGACUGCAGCUCAGUGAAAAACCAGCUGCUUACACUCAAGAGUUUAUUACAGAUGGAAGACGGUGGCCCAGAGGUUGUUGGGGGCAGUGAAGAGGAUAACAGCAUGACCCUACAGUUGGAGGAGCUAAUGAAGGAGGUGUGGAAGCUCAGGGAGGAGCUGAGGAAUAAGGAGAGGACAAUCGCUCAGCUGACACUACAGCAACAGCAGCUACAGCAACAGGGGUCAGACAGCUACAUAUGUGGGAAUGGUAACCUCAGUUCUGUUAGCUUUUACCUGGAUCCAUCAGUGUUGUAA